GAAACUGUGACCGGCAGGGACACCUUUCUCCGUGGACAUGAAGUGCGCUCACUGCCACCACUUCUCUAAGGAUGACAGCCCCAAGUUCUGCAGCCAGUGUGGGAAGCCGAUGGGAUCUAAGGUCCUGAUGCCAAAAAACAGCAGCGGCCCUGAGGCCUCCACCCCGAAGGAGGUGGAAAUGGAGGCCGGCGGAGAACUGAAAGUGGAAGAUCUUCCUCCUUCGAUCCCGGCUUCCGGUGGCGAUCGGCAGGGCAGUCCGGCUGAAUCCGUAUCGGACGCCUCAUUGGCUCAGCAGGGGAGCAAGAAGAAGAAGAAGAGGAAUAGAAAUAAGAAAAAGAACAAGAAUUCCUCUGAUUCCACCGAGCCCAAUUCUUCAUCCCUGUCCAGUUCGGAGCCAUCGAGUCUGAGUUCCCUUUCAAGCUUGGGGGUCCCGGAUGCCCAAGGCGUUCCUCAAGACGGUCCAGCGCCCGAGAACGGGUCGACCCCCCCGGCUCCCCAGGUUUCUGCCGGAAGCGACGGGGUCCAGGCCGGAGGGGAUCGAAUCCCGGAGCCCUCGGAGCCAGAGAGGCAGCUCGAGGGGCCGGGUCCCAAAGAGAGCAAAGGGAAUGAGGACUCCGGCAUUCCCGCGGGACCGGCCGGCGUCGGCAAGGAAGGAGACGGGCCGGGGGGUGUGCGGGAGGAGGGCGCUCCCGCCGAGCGGACGGAAGAGGCCGAUGGAAACGGGGACCGGGGCCGCCCCCGGGACCGAGAACGGAAGGAGGGCGGCGCCUCGCCGACUCCCCGGGUCCCCGAGGCCUCUCAGGGGGAUGGCUCCAAGCAGACUUCCCCUCCAACCAAAGCCGCCAGUCCUCCCCACCAGGAUCCCAACCCGAAGGGGCCCCCUCCCAAAUCUAAGGGGGUCCCCCCCGAAGAAAAGAAAUCCAACGCUUCGAAACCGCAAGCCAGCGCCCCAGAGCCCAAGGAGGCGGAGGCGAAGAACAAGCCGGCUAAGACGAGGAAGGGGUCGCUGAGAGAAACCGAGGGCGGGAUCCCGCAAGUGACCAAGCCGGAGGGAGCGCCCAAGAACUACGCUGCGGCCGUAGCUUCGGGCAGUCAGAAAAAUGCCAAGGAGCAGCAGAACAAGAAGGCUAGCGAAAGCGCGCUCAAAAUGAGACCGUUGAGUCCCGGCAGAGGGAUCCAAGUCUUCUUUCAUGCCAUCAUCUCGAGACAUUUCAACUUCAACUUUAAGCAAGAUAAAGUGUUCAUCAGGGGAGGGCCAGCCUUGGGGCGAGAGCAAUGGAAGGAAAAUGUCUGUGAGCUGAACUUCAGCAAGGACUUGGGAGAACAUGGGUUCCUCAUUGAGGGUUUGUGUACCAUUUCCAAGGAUCAGCUGGAUCAGAGUAUCCCGUACAAAUAUUUCUUGGUCUGCAAUGCAGCCUCAGAGUAUGAAUUCAUCUACAAAAAGAAGGAGUCGUUCGAACACGUAAAUCGUUGUCUGUUCAUAAAAUCGUCGUUGGUUACUGCAGGAGAAUGGCACCAGUACGAUGACAUAAUCUGCAAGAAGCCCGAAGAAGGUCUAUUCAAGAAGGUCAAGAAUCUGUUCUCAGAUGAAAAAAAAAAUGUGGUUAAAGGGAAGCACAUUGCUGGGGAAAUUAUGCUAGAGAGUAUCUUCAGCAUCCUCAGCUCCUGGAGCCCUGAGAAUGUGAAGAGCUUAUUCAGCCAGUUUUCUCAAUUCCUCUUUGUGGUGGGAAGGCCCAUGGUCUACGAAAAAGGGGCAAAAUUUUGGAGUGAUCUUGGAUUUGAAGAAAAAGAGGUGAAGCAGAUGGUGUGGACCUAUCUGAAAAGUCUGAUUUCACCCUUUUUGGAGAGGAACGCCACCGACCCUCUGCCCGACACCCUUCCGGUGAAGAGUAAAUUGCGGAUGGGACUGAUUAUCCUCAACUUGGUCAAACAGUUCGAGCUUCUGUACAGCAAAGAGGAUAUGCUCAAGCUCUGUAGCCUCCUCUGCCUGGACUCUAUGUCUCAAGAUACCUUGCAACAAGAACUGUCACUCACCAGGGAGGGGUUUUCGGGGAUUCCAAGAAUGAAAGAAUCCUUGAAGGAUCUCUGCAGGGAAUGCAUCAGCAAGGAAGUCCAUCACUGGGUGUGGGUCCUCCCUGUCUUCCACUUCUUUGCGGAGCCCUUCCCCGGAGACCAGCUCCCUCCGAACCAGCCCGAGGAGUCGUGGGCGGGCCUGGAGGGCCUCCACUACCGCAGGCCUUUGGGGAAGAAGAACGAACUGCAGCACCUCAUGAAGAGGAAAAAGCAUCUGCUGAAGGCAGACCAGAGGCUGUUCCGAUCUUGGUUCUUCCUGCUGCCUCUGGAAAGCUUGGCCAACUACAUGACCGAGUUUCCAGCCAACCUCCGCGACUGCCUCGUGGGAACUUGGUAUCGACUCCAGAAAAUGACCAUCUCUUACACAAAUCAGGAGACCAUCAGCGAUAUUCUAAUAAAGCUGCUGGACAUCAUGGACAGUAAUCAAGAAAGUAUCCUUCAGGAGGACUUGCUCAUGUGCUCAAAACUCCACGAGGCCGUCUGCAAAGCCACGAAAGAAUUUUACUUGUGCAUGCCCGCCUUAUCCGCCAAGAUCGUAGCCAGAGCUACAAGGGCUGCCCCAUCGGUGGAGCCCGGAGAAGUCCUGGAAAAUGAACCCGGGAAGCUCAGUUUAGUGAAAGAAAUAUUCCAUCGAGUCCUCAGCGACACCCUGAAAUGGUUCCAGCAGUGGUCGCGGUUCUGUCGCCUGGACUCCGUCUGUUUUAAGGAGGAACUUAAGGGUUGUAGCCGGUUUGUGAGCAUAAGCUUUGCCACGGAGGACCUGACGGAGGAGUGGAAGAGAUCUUUCCUUGGCAGUCUGGAAGAAAGAAUCAAACAGGAACGCCCAGUGGAGCAGAUUAAGGCGUACUGCAGGAGUCACCAGGAUUUUCAGGACCUGGAUUCCUCCAUCAACAAGUGCUUCGAGACCUGCGCCAUCGAAGCCGUGAGCUCGGCCUGCCAGUCUCAGACCAACAUCCUGGACAUGGUCGGCUCGAGCAACCUGGGGAAGUUCGGCUCCCUGGUGUCGGCCGUGAUCGCCAAGUCGUGGCCGAGCCGGAAUGGGAAUCACGUGGAUGAGUUGAAGGAGGUUUUGGAGCACUUGCUGACCUGGCCCGACACCCAACACCUCUUCAACUUGUACGGAACUAACCAGCAGAUCCUGGAGAAGAUUUCCGAGGACGCCAAGAAGCUGUUGGCCGUGGCCGAUUCGGUGUUCACGAAGGUGGUGGAUGACCUCCUGAGUGGACGGAUUCUGAUCAGACAUCUGGAGCAAAUCUCGGAGCACAAGAAAAAAUUUCAGGACAUGUGGGAAUUAAAGCAGAAGAGUCUUUCCCCCCAGGAGAAGAAGCAUGAUCUGAACAAAACGUUGUCCAGAAGGGAGAAUGAAUUAGAGUACAUAAAGAUGGAGAAAAGUUACGUGGAGUGUCUCCUGAUGAUGUGUCAGAAAGUGGAGUCGAUUAAAGUGGAGUUUGGAGAUAUCAAGAGGAUUCAUUCGGAAGACCUGGGAGGAAAGAAACUGCUCGAUGCAGUGGAAGUGUGGUUGCCGGACUCUCCUCCCCCAGAGAAAAAGAAAACGCAUUACAACCUGAGCCCCGACGUCCUGGAAAUGGCCCGGAAAAUGAAGUCUUUAAAGGAUAGCCACAUCUUCCAGAUGUGCUGGGAGCAAGAAGCCGGGAGUUUUGCGGCGGGCGAAGAACCAGAAGUCAUAACACUGGAGUUAGAAGACACCUGCUCCGCGCUCUUCCUCCCCUGCGUCUCCAAGUUCACCCUCCUGCAUAAGGAUCUGAAAUCCGGAGACCUGACGUUGGCGGAAGUGGACGCCGUCUUCAAAGACUUCGAGAACAAGUACGCGGAUCUCACCCGCGACCUCCGCGUCAUGUGCCAGUUCGACGGGAGCGACAGAGGGGACUGGAUCGACCCGAGGGUCCGGCAGAUCAGGGAGUACCACGAGCUGCACCUGGCCAUUGACUCCGCCAAGGUCAUCGCCAAGGUCAAAGACGACUUGGGCCUGACGGGCGACUUCGGUGUCCUGCAGACCCUGUUGAACUUCACCGAGGAGUUGCCGGCCUUCGGUCAGGAAAAACUGGAUCGCAUCAACAAGCAGCUCAUCCACGCCAAGCAGCUGCUGCAGGAGAUCAACGAGACCCGUCGCCGGUGUCUGGAGGAGAUCUCGCUCAGAAAGGAAUUCAUAGGAUGGGUCCGGGAGGCUCUGGAAGACAUCAACGAACUGAAGGUGUUUGUGGACCUGGCGUCCAUCUCGGCGGGGGAGAACGACAUGGACGUGGACCGGGUGGCCUGUUUCCACGAUGCCGUGCAGGGCUACGGGGCCUUGCUCUACAAGCUGGAGCCGGGGGCCGACUUCGACCAGUUCAUGGACUGCGUGAAGGAGCUGUGGAAGGCCCUGGACAAUGACCAGCACCUGCCCGAGAAGCUGCGCGACUCCGCUCGGCACCUGGAGUGGCUGAAGACGGUAAAGGAAAGCCACGGCUCGGUGGAACUGUCCUCCUUGUCGUUGGCGACGUCCAUCAACAGCAAAGGCGUCUACAUCAUCAAGGCCCCCAAGGAAGGCCAGGAGGUUUCGCUGGACGCCGUCCUGACUCUGACCCUUACGGAGAGCCACGCCGACGUGGAGGAGGUGCGUCACUAUUCCCUGGAGGAACUGAAGGAGCUGCUGAAUAAACUGAUGCUCAUGUCCGGCAAGGGAGACCAGAGCAACGUGGAGGUGGAGAGGUUUUCCGAGGUGUUCUGCAAUGUCCAGAGGCUGGCCCAGGCCUUCAUCAACCUGCACUCCUCCGGGAACCUGCUGUUCAGAGCCUGGACGGCGGCGGUGACCUGCUCCCCCUCCUCCUCCUCCUCCUCCUCCUCCUCCCCCCGCAGCGAGGCCCGCGUCCUCAUGGACUUCCGGCUGGAGGCGGUCGGGCGGCUGAGCGGGCGGGGAGAGGCGGGCGAGAUGCUGGCGGCCCUGUGCAGGCAGAUGGAGCGCUUCCUGGACCAGUGGCAGCGAGUCGUGGCCCAGAAACGCGCCACCCACUUCUACCUCAACUACUACAGCGCCGAGCAGCUGGUCUACCUGGGCCGGGAGCUGGGCGAGGGGAGCCCCGCCGAGGCGGCCCUCACCAUGCUGUCCUUCAUCAAGGGCGACUGCAGCCAGGGCGACCUCCUGGAGGCGGCCUCCCGGCGGGCCCCGGCCGCUGCCGCCGGCCGGCCGGCCGGGCCCCCCCGGGCGCCGGACUCGGAGGCGGACCUGGGGACGGAGCUGAGGGCGGCGUGGGAGGCCCACCUGGCCGAGGCGGGCGCCUUCUUCCCCGGCCACCUGGACCUGGACGCCCUGGGCCUCCGGCUGGCCGGCCUGGCCGCCCUGGCGGGGCCGCCGGUCCUGCGGGACCUCCCCGGGGGCCUGCGGGCCGGCCGGCCCAACCUCGUCGUCUGCCCGCCCGCCGAGGUGCUGGCGUCGGCCCUGGCCGUCUACAUGGAGAGCCCCGGCCAGCCGCUGCCCGCCUACGACGAGGUCCUGCUCUGCUCGGCCGCGACCGGCUUCGAGGAGGCGGCCCUGGUCCUGCGCCGCUGCCUGACCCCGGGCUACGGGGGCCGCAAGGUGUACAGCCUCGUGCACGCCGACCAGCUGAGCUACGACGUCAGCUGCCGCCUGGAAGAGCUGUUCCAGAGGCUGAGCGGGCAGCCCCACCGCCCAGACUACCGGCUGGUGCUCGUCUGCAGCGCCGAACGGGACCACUGCUACAUCCCGUCCGCCUUCAGCCAGUACAAGGUCCUCGUCACCCCGCAGCGCCCGGCCCGCGACAUCCGGGACUAUCUGGCCCGCCACCUCCACGCCCCCGAGGCCUGGUCGGCCGCCCGCGUCUUCCAGGGCCAGAUGUGCGUGGGAUUCGUCACCUCCCAGAGAGCGGGCGUCGGAAAAUCGCUGUACGUGAAGAGACUGCACGAGAAGCUGCAGGAUAAGUUCCCAGGUCAGGACGUGCCUCUGAAAACCAUCCGGCUGAUCGAGCGUCAGGUGGAUGAAAGCAAAGUGCUCCAGUCCCUGCUGCCUUUCCUCGACGCCAAGCACCAGAAAAACGCCAUGAUCUUCCAUCUGGACGUCACUUCUUCGGUUCAGAGCGGCGUCUGGGAACUCCUCUUCAAGUUGCUGGUUUUACGGCACCUGAUGGACACGAACGGGAAGAUGUGGCUGCGGCGGCGACGCCAUCUGUACGUCAUUGAGAUCCUGGAAGUGCCCCCGGCGACCCCAGAGGGACCGUCCAAACCGACCCCGCCCGGGCCGAGGUUCAGCUUCCUGGACGCGUUCCCGAAGGUCACGUGCCUGGCUCCCAAGCGGGUCCUGGAGAUGUACGCGGAGACGGGCGGCCCCCCGAGCCCCUCGACCCCGGGGAUGGACCCGCGGGAGUUCGUCAGCGAGCCCUUCCAGCGGGCCUCCCAGUACCUGCGGCGCUUCGACCGCAGGCAGGACCUGGACGGGUUCCGCUACGCGGCGGGCUCCGUGGAGGGCACCCCGGCCGAGUGCCUGCAGCACCUGCUGCUGCACUGCGGGGUGACGGACCCCUCGUGGGCCGAGCUGGGCAACUUCACCCGCUUCCUCAACGUCCAGCUCCGGGACUGCGAGGCGUCCGUCUUCUGCGACCCCCAGUUUGUGGGCGACACGCUGGUGGGCUUCAAGCACUUCGUGGUCACCUUCAUGAUCCUCAUGGCCCGCGACUUCGCCACCCCGUCGCUGACCACCUCGGACCAGAGCCCGGGCGGGCGGGCCCCGGCCCCGGCCGGGGUCCCCGAGGAGGAGGAGGAGGAGGAGGAGGAGGAGGAGGCGGGCCCGGCCCCCUUCUCCCUGCGCAAGAAGUGGGAGUCGGAGCCGCACCCCUACCUCUUCUUCAACGGCGACCGGACGUCCGUGACCUUCCUGGGCUUCCACCUGCGGGAGAACCCGGCCGGGGGCGUGGACGCCCUGAGCCCCUCGACGGGGCGGGUGAUCAAGCGCAACGUCAUGAGCCGGGAGCUGCACGGGGGCCUGCGGCACCAGAAGGUGCCCUUCGACGUGGACUUCGACGCGCUGCCCCGCCACGAGAAGCUGGAGCGGCUCUGCACGGCCCUGGGCCUCCAGUGGGCCCUGGACCCGGACGAGACCUACGAGCUGACCGCCGACAACGUCCUGAAGAUGCUGGCGGUGGAGAUGCGCUUCCGCUGCGAGAUCCCCGUCAUCGUCAUGGGCGAGACGGGCUGCGGGAAGACGCGGCUGAUCCGCUUCCUGACGGAGCUGCGGCGGGGCGGGGCGGACGCGGAGACCCUGCGGCUGGUCAAGGUCCACGGCGGGACGGGCGCGGCCCAGAUCCACGCCCGCGUCCGGGAGGCGGAGGCGGCGGCCCUGGCCAACCGGGCCCGGCACGGGCUGGACACGGUCCUCUUCUUCGACGAGGCCAACGCCACGGAGGCGGUGGGCUGCAUCAAGGAGGUCCUGUGCGACCGCACGGUGGACGGGCGGCCGCUGGCGCCGGACUCGGGCCUGCGGGUCGUGGCCGCCUGCAACCCCUACCGCCGGCACAGCCCCGAGGCGGUCCGCCGGCUGGAGGCGGCCGGCCUGGGCUACCGGGUGCGGGCGGCCGAGACCCGGGACCGGCUGGGCUCCGUCCCCCUGCGCCAGCUGGUGUACCGCGUCCACGCCCUGCCGCCGGGCCUCAUCCCCCUGGUCUGGGACUUCGGCCAGCUGGACGACGCCACCGAGGGCCGCUACGUCCGGCAGAUGGUCCAGCGGCUGACCCGCGGGGCGGGCCUGGCCCCGGCCGGGCUGCGGGUGGUGGCGGAGGCGCUGGCCGCCUCCCAGAGCCACCUGCGGCGCCGGGGCGGCGAGUGCGGCUUCGUCAGCCUGCGGGACGCGGAGCGCUGCGUGACCGUCUUCCGCUGGUUCCUGGAGCACAGCGCCUGGCUGCUGGGGCCCCCGGCCGCCGGCCGGCCGGACCCGGUCCUCUGGGCCCUGGUGCUGGCGCUGGCCGUCUGCUACCAGGCCUCCCUGGAGGAGCGGGCCCCGUACUGGGAGGCCAUCUGCCCGCUGCUGGGCCCCGGCCCCCUGCGGGAGGGCCGGGCCGUCCUGGCGGAGAUCGGGCGCGUGCAGGACCUGCUCCUCGGCGGCGUCCCGCUGCGGGGCAACAUCGCCCGCAACCGGGCCCUGAAGGAGAACGUCUUCAUGAUGGUGGUGUGCAUCGAGCUGAAGAUCCCCCUGUUCCUGGUGGGGAAGCCCGGCAGCUCCAAGUCCCUGGCCAAGGCCAUCGUGGCGGAGGCCAUGCAGGGCCGGGCGGCGCCCACGGCCCCCUUCCGCCGGCUGAAGCAGGCUCACCUGGUGUCCUUCCAGUGCAGCCCGCACUCCACCCCGCAGGGCAUCGUGGGCGCCUUCCGCCAGUGCGCCCGCUUCCAGCGGGGCAAGGACCUGCGGGACUACGUGGCGGUGGUGGUGCUGGACGAGGUGGGCCUGGCCGAGGACUCGCCCCGGAUGGCCCUCAAGGCCCUGCACCCGCUGCUGGAGGACGGCUGCCUGGACGACGCCCCGGCCCCGCACAAGAAGGUGGGCUUCGUGGGCAUCUCCAACUGGGCCCUGGACCCGGCCAAGAUGAACCGCGGCCUCUUCGUGGCCCGGGGCACGCCCGGCCAGGAGGAGCUGGUGGACAGCGCCCGGGGCAUCUGCGCCUCGGACGCCCUGACCCAGGAGCGGGUCCGGGGCUGCUUCGCCGCCUUCGCCGACGGCUACCAGGCCGUCUGCCGGGCCCAGGGCAAGGAGUUCUUCGGCCUGCGCGACUUCUACGGCCUGGUCAAGAUGGUCUUCGCCGCCGCCCGGGCCUCGGGCCGGCCGCCCGGCCCCGGGGACGUCGCCCGGGCCGUGCUGCGCAACUUCAGCGGCAGGGACGACGUCGACGCCCUGGCCCUCUUCGGCGCCUGGCCGCCGGGGGCCCGCCGCCCCGAGGAGCUGGCCCCGCUGCGGCUGGUGGGGCAGAACCUCUCCGGGGACGCCGAGGACCCCGAGGGCCGCUACCUCCUCGUGCUGACCCGCAACUACACCGCCCUGCAGAUCCUCCAGCAGGCCUUCUUCCGGGAGGGCCGGCGGCCCGAGGUCGUCUUCGGCUCCGGCUUCCCCCGGGACCAGGAGUACGCCCGCGUCUGCCGCGACAUCAACCGGGUCAAGGUCUGCAUGGAGACGGGCCGCGCCGUGGUGCUCCUCAACCUCCACAGCCUCUACGAGAGCCUCUACGACGCGCUCAACCAGUACUACGUCCACCUGGGCGGCCAGAAGUACGUGGACCUCGGCCUGGGCACCCACCGGGUCAAGUGCCGGGUGCACCCGCGCUUCCGCCUGGUCGUCGUGGAGGAGAAGGAGGUGGUCUACGCCCGCUUCCCCGUCCCGCUCAUCAACCGGCUGGAGAAGCACUACCUGGACCUCAGCACGGUGCUGGACGGGCGGCACCGGGCGGCCGCCGAGGAGCUGGAGGACUGGGCGGCCAGGUUCGCCGCCCUCCGGCCGGGCGCGGCCCCGGCCCGCCCCGGCUACGGCCCGCCCGACGUCUUCGUCGGCUACCACUCGGACACCUGCGCCUCGGUGGUGCUGCAGGUGGCGGGGAGGCGGGGGCGGGAGGACGGCGCCCGCGGGGCGGCCGGACUGGCCCAGGAGGCCAGGCUCGUCCUGCUCCACUGUGCCACCCCCGACGCCGUGAUCCGCCUGCCCGCUUCCAAGCUGGAUUCCCAGUCGGCCCGCGCGUUGGCCGAGGAGUACUUCCGUCGGCAGCGGCACGGCUCCCUGGCGGACUUCCUCCGGGCCCACCUCCGGGGGAUGGCGGCCGGCCGCCCCGCCGCCUUCACCGAGGUCACCACCUUCUCCCGGCUGCUGACCGGCGUGGACGCCGAUUCUCUGCAGGCGGAAAUCGGGGACAGGGCUCAGAGGCCUCGGAUCCUGUCGCUGCAGCAGUUCGACACGGAGUACUCGUUCCUCAAAGAGAUCCGCAACUUCCUGAACCCCCCGGACGGAAACAAAAUCCUGAUCAUUCAGACGGACUUCGAAGACGGGUCGCAGAGCGCUCAGCUCAUUGCCUCGGCCAAGUAUUCCGUCGUCAACGAAAUCAACAAGGCGGAGCUGACCGGGGGCUGCAUCUCCGUCUAUUUCAUCACCAAACUCUCCCGGGCCGAGAGUGGGACUUCCUACGUGGGCUUCCACGGAGGGCUGUGGCAGUGCGUGCACAUCGAUGACCUCCGGAGACCCACUUUCAUGGUCUCGGACGUCACGGCGUUGCAGAACAUCUCCAUCAGCCAGCUGUUCAGCCAGCAGGACGAUGAGUCUCAAGAAGCAGCGCCCGAAGCUGAAAGCGGCUCCGCGGCGGGCAUGGAAACCGAACCGGAGGGAGGCCGCGAAGCCGAGAUGGAAGUGGAGGAUGAAAAUCCGAUGGAAGUCUCCGAGGAGAAGAUGGAGGAGGAGCCCUCUGAGACGCGGAGAAGUCACGUGGAGGUCCUGGACACCACCAACCUCCUGCGGAGCUGCGUGCAGAGCGCCGUGGGCAUGCUGAGGGAGGAGGAGGGGACCCCGAGCCGCAGUCCGCGGCGCCUCGAGGUGCUGCUCGGCCUCCUGGCAGAAGAGGACGGCCGGCAAGCUCCGUUCUUGCGGGUGGCCAAGGCUCGCCUCUCCUCCCUCCUGAGUAAACAGGAGGAAAAAAUUUACCACUACAACGUGAAGGAGUGGGUGGCCAGGGAAGCCUGCAACCAAGAAGCCCUGCAGGAGGCAGGAACUUUCAGAUACAGCCUGUGGAAGCGAGUGCAGAACACGGUGACUCCUGUCCUGGCCAGCGUGGUGGCCUUCGUCGACCGAGACUGCAAUCUGGAUUUGCUGGUCUCCCCCGAGUCUCCCCCUUGGGUGAGAAGUCUCUGGAUGUUCAUCUUCGGCAACACGAAGCUUCUCGUGAUCCCGCCCGUGGCCAUCAGCGGGGGAUCGCCGCCGUCCAGAGCCCCGCUUCUGGUGCAGAACGACAUGAGGCUGCCCGAGAACGUCAGCAACAGUGUCCCUUUCAGCUGGAGGAUCAAGGAGUACUUGGAAGAGCUUUGGGUGCAGGCCCAGUACAUCUCCAGCGCCGAAGGUUCGGCGGAAAAGUUUGUGGACAUCUUCCAGCAGACGCCCCUGGGCAAAUUUAUCUCCCAACUGAGCGAGGAAGAGCGGCAGAGUCUCCUUCACCGCUACCUCAGAGACUUCCUCCUCCUGACGAUGAGGGUGGCCACCUGGGAUGAACUACAGUUUCUGCGGCUGGCCCUGUCGUCGGGCCUGGAGCAGCUGAAGGCGGCGAAGAGCCCGGCGGUGGAGGAGGUCUCCCUGCCUUGGGUGCACCUGGCCUACCAGCACUUCAGGAGCCGCCUGCAGAACUUCUCUCGCAUCCUGGCCGUCCACCCGCCCGUGCUAGACGCCCUCAAACGAGCGGAGGACAGUUAUGACCUGAACAGCUCAGAGAUGGCCGUGGACGUGUGCGCGGCCCUGGCCUGUGCGGAGAUGUUGCGGGACGGCGUCCUGAAGCCCAGCCCCAAGGCCUGGUUACAGGUGGUGAAAAAUCUGCGCAUGCCCAUUGAGCUCGCCUGCUCGGAGAGCCACUUGCAAGACGCCGGGAAACUGUGCAGGAUUCUGCUUCAGAAGAUCAAGAACCAGUGGAAUCAGGUGUUCUCCAUGGCUCUGUUCGUGGAACACGUCCUGUUGGGGACCGAGGCUCAGAUCCCAAACCUGCAGGAACUCGUGAAGAAUUACGUCUCCCUCUUGGGCAAGUGCCUGGAGGAUAAUGCCGACAUCAAGACGUUGAAGCCUUUCGCUGCGGUGAUAGCCACGCUCUGUCGGUGCAAGGAAACAGUCAGCCAGACCUACUUUCGGUAUGGCUUGGUGCCCUGUCCGAUCUGCCUCGGGGACCCCAAGGAACCAGUCUGCCUGCCGUGUGACCACGUGUUCUGCCAACAAUGUAUCACGCAGUGGUUGAUCCCGGGACAGAUGAAUUGCCCCUACUGUCUGACGGAUCUGCUGCACGGGUUCUCCGUGACCGUCUCCAAAGAGCACAGGGCCGCCUUCACCAAGCAUGCCCAGUUUCGUCAGAUGUGUAACAGCUUCUUCAUCGACCUGGUCUCCAGUAUGUGCUUCAAAGACAACACUCCCCCAGAGAAGAAAGUCAUCGAAGAGCUGCUCUCUCUGCUUUUUGUCCACAAGAAGCUCCUGAGAACUGUCCCUCAGGCAAGCACCCAGUACACCAAGUCCCUGUCCCCUUUCGACGACGUGGUGGAUCAAACGCCCGUCAUCCGCUCCGUGGUGCUCAAGCUGCUCUUGAAAUACAGUUUCCACAACGUGAAAGAAUAUCUCCAGGAGUACCUGUCCCAGAUAGAGAAGAAGCCAUUCUUGGACACGGACAAAACCGAACUCUAUUCGCUCUUCAUUAACUGCUUAGAGGACUCGAUAGUGGAGAAGGCCGGCUCCUGCUCCCCGAGCGGCGGCGGCAGCGGCGGCGGCGACGACGGGCUGAACAACCUGAAGGAAGAAGGCCAUUUCCUCCGGAUCUGCUCCCCGCUGCAGCAGGAGGCCACGGGGGUGGUCACCGAGGCCUCGGUGGAAUACCUCCAGGGGGUGGCCCGGAUCCGCCUCUGCCUGGCCCGAGCCGCCGACCUGCUCUUCGAACAGCACCAGGACCCAGAGUUGUCCCGGGAGAAGCAGAGCUACCUGCAGGAGGUGAAGCGCUUCUGCCUGGAGGCGCCCAGCGACUGGUAUCAGGUGUACCUCGUGCGGAAGCUGACCGACCAGUUUGGCAUGGAGUUUGCCCAGAGCCUAGGCGGCGAGCCUCGCUUCCAGUGGGUGUUCCCCCAAGAAAUCCUUCAGCAGCAGAAGGAUCAGCCGGGCCAGAUGGAUCGGUACCUGGUGUGCGGAAACAACUACAAGGCGCUGCGCGAUGCCCUGGGCAAAGCCCUCAUCAAGUGCGACGUGGAGAUCAUCGUGAAAGCUCAGGAGGCGUGUGACAGCUGUGGAACCGAACAGGCGGUGUACCUGCUCCUGGCGAUUUUCCAAGAGCUGACCCUCCUCUACAAGUCCCCCAACCCAAGCGUCCACCCCAGGGCAGAGCAACUGGAGACCGUGACCAGGUUCAUUGAAGGAGCCCAGGUCCUGGCCCCUCCAGACGUGCAGAAGGUGGCCAAGUCUCUAGUGACCAACACGUUCCAGUCGCUGCCCGUGAGCCCCGCUGACUCCAGCCACAGGGGACGGGUGACAGAGCUGGCGGUCCACGCUGCCGCCGUGUUGCUGUGCGGGAGCAACCCCGUGCUGGCCCCCCUGAGGAACCUGGCCUUCACCCCAGCCGCCAUGCAGGACUCUUUCCUUCCAACCAUGCCCGAAGACCUACUGGCCCAGGCCCUGACCUGGCAGUGGAACGGAAACGUCCGUUGGUUUCGAUGCUCCAACGGCCAUCCCUGCAUGGUGGGAGAGUGCGGUGCCCCAAUGGAGCGGAGCAGGUGUGUGGAUUGCGGCGUCACGGUUGGAGGGGAGAACCACAAAGCCGAUCAAGGCUUUCAGCUGGUCCAGAACGACACGGACAGGACCCAAAAGGGCCACGUGCUCGGAAGCCCCCACUGCAGGGAGACAGCGGCGGUGGGCGACAGGGAGCUGGCCCCGGUGGUCUUCGUCCUCCUCCGCCUGCUCACGCACCUGGCGAUGCUCUUGGGAAUCUCCCGGAGUCCACAGUCUCUGCUGACGAUGAUCAAGCCCCGGGUGCAGGAUGCGGGGAGCUUCCUCCUCCAGCACAUCCAGAAGGACCUGGAGCAGCUGACCAAAACCCUGGGCAAGAGCGCCGACGACACCGUCAACGUGGUCCACCUCGUCCUGGGCGGCCUCCUCAAGACGCCCCGGCCAGUCUUGGGCCACGAGCCCCUGGGUUUUGACCCGACGCUUUCCACCAAGGAGAGGAGAAACCGUUGGGAAAAGGUCGUCGCGGGCUUGAUGGUGCCCCAACUGAAGAACCUGGACGAGGCCCUUCGGGAGGUGAACCGCCGCAUCAGCCGGGACGAACGCAUCACCUCCAACCUGGUGGCCAAGAUGGUUUACGGCGACCCCACGCCCUUCCUGAGCCGCCUGCCCCGUCCCAGCACCGUUCACUGCUCCAGGAUCUGGACCUGCAGGAAGAAGGUCAGCGUCGACCACCUCCGUCACGUGGUGGAGCAGCGGGACGGCCGGGACACGGUGCCCAUCCUCUGGCACUUCCUGCAGAAGGAAGGGGAACUGAGGCUGGUGAAGUUCUUGCCCGAGAUCCUGGCCCUGCAGAGAGAUCUGGUCAAGAGGUUCCAGAAUGCCUCCGAUGUCGACUUCCACACCAUCAGAGUUUUCCUCAACAGCCACCGAUCAGAUGGGAUGAGGUGUCUGAUUCAGGAGAGAGUAGAAAUUUUCCUUUCCACGUGGAACCACCUGAGGCAGUCGAUCGAUACCAAUGGUGAGAUUAAGCUCCCCAAAGGUUACUGCGAUGCCGCCCUAACCCUGGACAGCGAGUUUGAGGUCCUCCUGCCCCGGCGGCGGGGGCUGGGCCUCUGCUCCACCGCUUUGGUCAGCUACCUCAUCGGCCUGCACAACCACUUUAUCUACACGGUGGAAAAGUACACCAAGGAGAGCAACAGCUACUCGGUCAGCCCCUCGGAGGUGACUGACCUGCACGUCAUCAGCUACGAAGUGGAGCGUGACUUGAUCCCGCUGAUUCUGGCCAACUGCCAGUACAGCGUGGAAAAAGGAGGGGAAACCUUGCAGGAGUUCGACCUGGAGAAGAUCCAGCGGCAGGCGACCGGCCGUUUCUUCCAGGGGAAGCCCCACCUCACCCUGAAGGGGAUCCCCACUCUAGUGUACAGACACGAUCGAAACUACGAGCGUUUGUUUCUGGACAUCAAGAACAAAAUGCCGCAGACCUCCCUCCCCAACUCGGUCACCAACGCGAUCGGCGGACACCUGCAGUCCUACAGCGACGUCUGCGAAGCCCUCUCGGUCACGGAAAUCACCCUGGGCUUCCUGGGCACGGCCGGCGGCGACCCCAACAUGCUCCUGAUCCCCUACGUCCAAGACGUCCUGCGGAUGGGCGACCAGAUGGGCUCCCCCGUACUGAAGGCCCUGAGCAGGUGUCACCUUAAACACACCAUCGCGCUGUGGCAGUUCCUCUCCUCCCACAAGUCGGAACAGCUGCUGAGACUCAAAAAGGAUCCAUUUGGGGAAAUCAGUGAGGCGUACAAGGCCGAACUCAGCGCCGGAAACACCCAACUCCUCAAAGCCUUCCUGAAUCAAGCCGGGCUGGAGGCCUUCCUGCAGGAGCUUCAUGAGAUGAUUGUCCUGAAAUUGAAGCACGCCCAGGAGGAAGGGGAAUUCAACCCGGAAUGGGGCUUGGGAGACACCCUGGUGAGUUAUAUCGAAACCAAAGAGAGUGACAUCCCUCCGAGGCUGGAGUCCAGCUUCCCCGGAGAGAUCCUCCUCUCCCACUGCGUGGCCGUCUGGAAGGCCACCGCGGCCCUCAAGCUGGACCGGCGGCUCCGAUGAGGGACCGAGACGUCCUGCCCGCGGCCCUCGGCCUCUCCCGCCCCGAGGGCCGAGGUGUCUGGGGCCUCCCGGAACUGGCACGUCGCCCACCCAUGAAGGCCGUGGGCGCCGCCUCAGGGAAGGGGAGGACGCACGACUUGAAGCUGGGAAGAAGCCAUCGCGUUGGGCAUCCCCAGACGGGGCGGGGGCCGAAUCCAAGCCCGCCCGUACCCCCUCCGUCCCGGGCCCACUCCGCUCCUCAA